GGUGGCGGCGGCGGCCGUGCGCGGACGGACGUGCCGCACGGGAGCGCCGCAGCCGCCCGCAGCCCAGCCUGGCGCCGCGUCGCCCGGCCGCCCGCCCGCCAUGGUGUCAUGGAUCAUCUCCAGGCUGGUGGUGCUUAUUUUUGGCACUCUCUACCCUGCAUACUAUUCCUACAAGGCUGUGAAAUCAAAGGACAUUAAAGAAUAUGUCAAAUGGAUGAUGUACUGGAUUAUAUUUGCACUUUUCACUACAGCAGAGACCUUCACAGACAUCUUCCUUUGUUGGUUUCCAUUCUAUUAUGAACUAAAAAUAGCAUUUGUAGCCUGGCUGCUGUCUCCUUACACAAAAGGUUCCAGCCUCCUGUACAGGAAGUUUGUGCAUCCCACACUGUCUUCAAAAGAGAAGGAAAUCGAUGAUUGCCUAGUACAAGCAAAAGACCGAAGUUAUGAUGCCCUGGUGCACUUUGGAAAGCGGGGCUUGAACGUGGCGGCCACAGCAGCGGUGAUGGCUGCUUCUAAGGGACAGGGUGCCUUAUCGGAGAGACUGCGGAGCUUCAGCAUGCAGGACCUCACCACCAUUCGGGGCGACGGUGCUCCUGCCCCUGCGGGCCCCCCUCCAACGGCAUCUGCGCGAGCUGGUGGCAAGCAUGGCAAGAUGUCCAGGAGCGCUUCUGAGAGUGCUGGCAGCUCUGUCUGUACCUGCUGCUCCUCCUGCAGGACCCGGAAAGUGGUUGAGGGAGAUGUGAAUGAGGGUGGUGUGAAGGCCUGGGAGCCCCACCAGGUCCAAAACCCUUUGGCGUUUUCUGACGAGGAAGAGGAAGACCUGCUGGAGUUCAUGUACAAGUAUAAGACCACCCGGAAGACAGCACCACCCCUGGAGGCACCGCCUAGACUCCUUCGCUCUCGCUUCAGGAAGAAAAGUACCUCAUCCUCGACCACUGAAACCACUUGAGGGAGAUGAACCAACCACACGGAUCCACGGAAUGUUUCUUCUCUGCCUUAAAGAGCUAUUCACGGACAUAGAAACCUGCAAGCUGGUGUGCUUCGUGCGCAGCCUCACACAUGGCCUUUCCCUCUCCCCGCCAACACUUUUAGGACACCCACCACCCCCUUUCCUUUUCUUUCUUUUGCUGGGAAGAAGCUGGAGGGAAAGGUAGGGAAUGUGGGGUGAGCCCUUUGAGUCUUCCGAGGCUAGUCCUUUCCCACCAUUGGUUUGUCAUCACAGACAGCAGAUAGUAGAGAUGUGAAUUGGACACUUCACGCUGCUGAGUUGUACAUUUGUACUUUAUUUGUUGCAUACUUCGUUUUUAGUCCUGUAAAUGCAAAGCAAUUUUUUAAAACAUUUUGUUGUAAUUGUGUUCUUGGUAUUACUACUUUGGUCUAUGAUGUACAUAUAUAUGGCUUUUGGCUUAACAGAAUGGAUUUGCAAGAGCAGCCAGCAGUUCUGCUUCAUAAGAAAACUGCAAAACCACAAGUGUAAGAGUUUCUUUGAUCCCAGAGAAUGUCGCAUCUGUGCUGAUGAGGCUUCCCAAAAUUACUGCAGGAAAAUGCUUAUGUUCCUGCAGGAAAGUAGGAUGAUCCAUAUGUACUGUAGACGAUUCUGUCAAUACGUAGAGAAGUUAGAGUGGAGAGACAAUAACUUGGCGACACAGAUGAGUGUAGGGACAAGAUGGGAAAACAGCUGGGAGUGAAAGAAAACUCGCAGGAUUUUUGUCUCCCACUUGCUGUCACAAUGAGAAAUGCAGAAGGGUAUUUCCUGUUCUUUUUACAGGUAGCUCUCACCGUUGGUGAAAUUGGGGGGGGGGGGGGACUUAAUAGCUGUUGGGAGUCAUUUCGAGUGUUUGCCAAGUAUUUGACAUUUCAGAAACAAUUUCUCCUUCUUAGUAAUCAGUGCCACGAUUAAUUCCCUGUGACUUGUUUUACAGAACACUUAGAAGAAAUAAAACCCAACCAACACCAAACAAAACCUAGAACUCUGCUGUUUGACAUAUGCUGUGGAAUACACCUGAGACAGUGUGUAGCAAUGCAAAUGCUCGCUGCUAGCAAGGGGCAAGGUGGAUGGAGACUGUGACGGCCAUGACUGACUGCUCUGCUCCUUGGGCAGCUGGAGCCUACAUGUGCCCUUUGGAUUCUGGUUGGAGCAUGAGAGAGUGUCUUCAUGGAUGUUGAACACAAGCUGUGAUUGUUUAGUCAAAUAAGGCAUGAUCUGAGGGGCUCACUAUUUAGAUGGAGAUGUUUCUCUAGAAACAAGAGUCUGAUUUCAAUAGUGUUUUGGUCUGAGGUUGCUGCUCUUACUUUUGAGAGCCUCACCUCGCUGUAGACCUGGUCUACUCGUGCUUAGAGUUGGUGUUUCCCUUCAGUGUGAUGCAUGCAGUGGCCACAACCCAGUUAGUUCUUAAUACUUGGAUUGUAUUUGUUUAUAGGUAUGCCCAAUGACUAGAAAAUUAGUAAAU